AUGAAUAUUAGGUGGUACGAAGCCAUGACAGUUUCAGACGUUUAUCGUCCUCCUCUGUUCAGUAUAGCCCCGAUGAUGGGAUGGACAGACAAUCACUACAGAACCCUAGCACGUCUUAUAUCAAAACACGCAUGGCUCUACACGGAAAUGUUAGCAGCUGAAACCAUUGUCUAUCAAGAAGAAAACCUGGACAGCUUUUUGGCGUAUUCUCCCGACCAGCAUCCCAUCGUACUUCAAAUUGGUGGAAGAAACUUGGAGAAUUUGGCAAAAGCUACCAGGCUUGCUAAUGCUUACGGCUAUGAUGAAAUUAAUUUUAACUGUGGAUGUCCAAGCCCAAAAGUAAGUGGACGAGGUUGUUUUGGUGCUGUUCAUAUGCUUAACCCAAAGUUUGUUGGUGAGGCUAUGUCUGUCAUUGCUGCCAAUACCGAUGCACCCGUCACUGUGAAAUGUCGAAUUGGUGUUGAUGAUCACGAUUCAUAUAGUAAUUUCAUUCAUAUAGUCUCUUCAACAUCCCCUACUAAGCAUUUCAUCAUACAUUCAAGAAAGGCGCUCUUGUCUGGACUUAGCCCGGCAGAUAACCGUCGAAUUCCGCCCUUAAAGUGCGUCCCGGCUUAUAUAUGUAUUGCUCUAACACAGCUUGUUUCCAAAGAAUCUCUCGCGUUUUCAUCUGCACUUCUGCUUGUCAAAUGCAGAUACGAGUAUUUCUUUGCCCUUUUGCGUGAUUUCCCAGACUUGAAGUUCACAAUAAAUGGAGGCAUUAACUCUGUGCUUGAGGCAGAUGCUGCAUUAAGGUCUGGAGCUCAUGGCGUUAUGCUUGGGCGUGCUGCAUACUACAACUAUUUUAUGGAAUUUCUAUGUUGGCUAUGUAACAGUCCUUGGCACCUAUUGGGACACGUCGAUACUCUAAUUUAUGGAUCUCCAAGCAGUGGGAUUACAAGGCGACAGGUUCUUGAAAAAUAUCAAGUCUACGGGGAGUCUGUUCUCGGGAAAUAUGGAAAAGGCCGACCGAAUCUUCGUGAUAUAGUGAGGCCAUUGAUCAAUCUGUUCCACUCGGAGCUUGGAAAUGGCCAGUGGAAACGUAGAACCGAUGCUGCUCUCUUGCACUGCACCACAAUGAAAACGUUUUUGGACGAAGUGUUACCGGCAAUACCCGACUUUGUCCUCGAUUCGUCUGCUGUCAAAGAGGCGACUGGACGCGAAGAUCUCUUUGCGGACGUACGACGUUUGUUGCCUCCUCCUUACGAAAGAGAGCCACACUCAUCCAAAGAGUUGAAAAGUCUGCCAGAGAAACCUACAAUUCUUGAUGAGGAAUGACAAAAUCUCAAUUCUAUUUUUGUUAUAAUUAUACUUGUCCUUAAAUGGACCGUUUAAUUAUUAAAUCGUGAGAGAGAUACUUAAUGUAUAAGCCAUAACGAAGGAUAUUAGUAGCCACAUAUAUCAUUACAAAUUCUCUGUCUAGCAAUUUCCUCAACUUGUGAAUCAGUUCUUUGUUGUUAAUGAAAGCAACAUACAAAUACAAUGUUAAAACACA